AUGAACUACACAUCGUUUUGCGCAGAGCUUCAAGGCCACGACUCCGAAUUGGAUGGCGACAAGUUUGAUGUUGUGGUUUGCUCUGCAGCAUACCACCAUCUGGAGUCGAUAGAAGCGACCACGGGCGUGCUGGCAUUCUUCCUCAAACCUGGUGGCUAUUUGCUCGUCGUGGAUUUCACGACCAGUGAUAAGGUGAUUCCCGAAGACGUCCCUAAUAGGUUUGGCUUCUCGAAGGACCAGAUUUGCGCCGCUUUUGAGGGGGCUGGGUUGAUAGAAGUUGACUUCGAGCAGCUUUCAUCGGCCAGGUUUCAUGGCCAGACGGUGGAUUUGUUUCUCGCUCGAGGGAAGAAAAGCAGCUAG